AUGUCAGCCAACAUCUCGGAUUUCGCGCGGGUGAGAUGGGUUCACACCAAGACGGCGCAUCUGAAACAUCAAGAAUUGCAUGCGAAAUACGGCGAUGUUGUGCGCAUGGGGCCAAACAUGGUCUCCAUUGGCAACCCCAGUGCUGUUCCUCAGCUGUACCCCAUGAGACGAGGAUUUCCCAAGAGCGACUUUUAUAUACCGCUUCGACCGUAUUCGAGAGUUGGUGGCGCUUUGCCCGCCAUCUUCACGUCACUAGAUGAAGAACUGCACUCGAAUCUCAAAAAGCCAGUCGCCCAAAUUUUCUCCCUGUCGAAUGUCGUCACCUUUGAAAGUCUGGUGGACGAUGUGCUCAAAGUUGUCGCAAAACAAUUCGAUGGUCGAUUUUCCACAAACGACGAGAUAUUCGAUCUCAGCGAGUGGCUGCAAUUCUUUGCAUUCGACGUCAUGGGCACCUUGACCUUUAACAAGCGCUAUGGGUUUCUGGAAGAGGGAAAGGAUGUCGGAGGCAAGUUGAAUGCAGUUUGGCUUUUCAUGAAGCAGGCAGCUCCGAUGAUGCAAGUUCCGUGGCUGGACAAGCUACUGUACAAGAACCGCGUCGUUGAUGUAUUGCGGCACACACCGGGCAAUUCCUUGUUGAAAUUUGUCGGUGACACAAUUCGAGAGCGUCAAAGCCGGUACAAGGCCGAGAAACAUGCUCAAACUCCGCAUGAAAGGCAGGACUUUCUCGACCGAUAUAUCGAGAUUCAAAGGAGCAAUGACAAUAUCCCGGCUUGGGCCGUGACGUCGUGGACGUUUUCCAAUGUUAUUGCGGGUUCAGACUCGGUCGGCACGGUUAUGCAAACUGUCAUGUACAAUUUACUAAAAAGCCCGCACACACUUAAAAAAUUGGUCAGAGAACUCGAAGAAGCAGGCGCGUCCCGACCAUAUCCCAAAUGGACCGAAGUAAGCACGCUGCCGUACCUGGACGCCUGUGUUCUCGAAGCACUUCGUGUACACCCCCCAUUCGCCUUGCCCUUUGAGCGUGUCGUUCCCGAAGGCGGCAUCACAAUGCUGGGCCACUUCCUUCCCGCGGGAACUAUUGUCGGGGCCAGUCCAUACGUCACCAAUCGAUGUAAAAAGAUGUACGGAGAGGAUGCAGAAUUCUGGCGGCCAGAGAGGUGGUUGGAGGGCGAUGCAGAGCACAAGAAGAAGAUGGAAAACGUCAUGCUUACCUUUGGCGCCGGCCGGCGUAUUUGCCUAGGACGGUAUAUUGGAAUUUUUGAGAUAAAGAAGAUUGUACCGUUCCUGGUUCUCAACUACGAGUUUGAAGCCAUCGACCACACCACUUUCAAGGGAGAGAAUUAUUGGUUCUUCAAACAGAAGGGGUUGUAUACACAGAUCCAGAAGCGACUCGGCAAGAGUACACGGGAAAUUGCAUAG